CCAGGAGUCGGCUUGGCUGGCACAGCCCUGCUGGAGGCCCGGGACAGCACAACCGUGUCCAUGGCUCGCACUCCUCGCCACCGGCGCCUGGUCCUGCCGCUGCUGUGCCUGCUUUUCCAGGGCGCCACCGCCCUCCUGUUUGCGGUCUUCGUCCGCUACAACCACGAAACCGACGCUGCCCUAUGGCACUGGGGCAACCACAGUACCGUGGACAACGAGUUUUACUUUCGCUACCCAAGCUUCCAGGAUGUGCACGCCAUGGUCUUUGUAGGCUUUGGCUUCCUCAUGGUCUUCCUGCAGCGGUACGGCUUCAGCAGUGUGGGGUUUACCUUCCUCGUGGCCACCUUCACCCUGCAGUGGGCCACACUGGUCCAAGGCUUCCUCCACUCUUUCCAUGGCGGCCACAUCCAUGUUGGUUUGGAGAGUUUGAUCAACGCUGACUUCUGUGCGGGUGCUGUGCUCAUCUCUUUCGGGGCUGUUCUGGGCAAGACCGGGCCAGCCCAGCUGCUGCUAAUGGCCCUAUUGGAGACAGUGCUCUUUAGUGUCAACGAGUUCAUACUGCUUAGUCUCCUAGGGGUGAGAGAUGCUGGAGGGUCCAUGACCAUUCACACAUUUGGGGCCUACUUCGGGCUGUUCCUCUCACGGGUCCUCUACAGAUCCCAGCUGGAGAAGAGCAGGCAACGCCAGAGCUCGGUCUACCAUUCUGACCUCUUUGCCAUGAUUGGGACCAUCUUCCUGUGGAUUUUCUGGCCCAGCUUCAAUUCUGCGCCCACAGCACUGGGGGAUGGGCAGCAUCGGACAGCACUCAACACGUACUACUCCCUCACUGCAAGCACCCUCAGCACCUUCGCCUUGUCAGCCCUUGUCAGCGGGGAUGGCCGGCUGGACAUGGUCCACAUCCAAAAUGCAGCACUGGCUGGAGGGGUUGUGGUGGGGACCUCAAGCGAAAUGAUGCUGACACCCUUUGGGGCUGUGGCAGCUGGCUUCCUGGCUGGGACUGUCUCCACGUUGGGGUACAAGUUCUUUACGCCUGUCCUGGAAUCCAGGUUCAAGGUGCAAGACACAUGUGGUGUCCACAACCUCCAUGGGAUGCCAGGGGUCCUGGGGGCCCUCCUGGGAGUCGUGGUGGCUUGGCUGGCCACCCAUGAAGUUUAUGGAGAUGGCCUGCAGAGUGUAUUUCCACUCAUAGCCCAGGGCCAGCGCAGUGCCACGUCUCAGGCCGUGUAUCAGCUCUUUGGAAUGUUUGUCACACUGGCGUUGGCCUCUGUGGGUGGCAGCCUUGGAGGGCUCCUGCUGAAGCUGCCCUUCCUGGACUCCCCUCCAGACUCCCAAUGCUUCGAAGACCAGAUUUACUGGGAGGUACCUGGAGAGCAGGAGGCUGAGGCCCAGAGGCCUCUGAGGGCUGAGGAGCAGGACACCGAGGCCUAAUUGCUGUCAGCAUGACACCGUCUUCAGAGGAGAAGAUGGCUCCUGCCAGCCAUGACUGUGUUUUUGGAGAAGACAAUGGCUUCUGCCAGAAGGUCCUUCUCAGUCCUUGUUACUAUCUUACAAGAAAGUCUAGAGCCGGAAGGGACAUUCAGUCCCUGGCAGAUCCCCGUUAGCUUGCACAUGUGGCCAGAACAGGCCACGACCAACCCUAGGAGGCUUGUACCCCACUAACCAGUGUUAGACACCAGGCCCAGGCCCACUCUGGCGGGAAGCUGGACGAUAAACAGCACUGUCACCAAGGACUCUGA